AUGGAGUGUGAACAAAUUCCACCCUAUUCUGAAAAUCAAGAUCCGGAUAUAUGGAUUCAGGGCAUAGAGAGGCAAGCUACACUGAAGAAAUGGAGUGAUCGACAAAAGGAAAUUGCUUUUUACUCCAGGGUUACAGACAAAGUCCGCGAUUGGCUAUUGCUUAGAGAUCAUUCCAAUUGGCAAGAGCUAAAAAACGAGUUUGUUAUCAAAUACAGAACUACACAUUCAAUCACCAUGCCACUGGAAGAUCUUCCUCGCAGCCACCAUAGUUCCUUUAGUGAUAGCUUUACUCUUGUCGACAGCAAUACGAGCCUUGAUAUAGGCAACACCAGCACUUUUUCGUCGAACAUCAGAACAUUCCAAAGCAUUUCGUUAACUGCUCCCUCUGGCUUUUUCAUGUCGCAAGAUUAUGUGAACGAACAAACCACAUAUAUUAGGCAACAGUGGUCACUAACACGGUUAUACAUAUCGCAAGUCAUUUUCGUUGGGAUUCAAUUUAUACUUUUAAAAUACAGAAUGUGGAAAACGAGUUACUACAGCAACGGUUUUCGAUCACGCAACAGAAACGGUGACAAAAUGAGAGCGUGGGACGAUCUAGGUCAGCGGAUAUUGAACAGCGACAUGGAAAUUACCAAGCAGAUAUUUGAUACCACUAGUGGUUUUGCAUGGAUCAAACCUUCUGGAAAGUUGAAGGAUGUCAUUCGGGAAGUCAUAGAAAUGGCUAUUAGCUUGGAAGUAUACGAAACUGCGGAAGCACGACAAGUUUUACGUCAAAUUUCAUGCUGUUUGAACGUUAUUAGCCUCUGUCGCCUGGGCUACAUGGUGCAGAGCCUCAAGUUCUCAACUUCGACUGUCAAGAUGUCUGACAGAAUCAAUAGCGAGAGAGUCAUGGCCAUCAAACAUUGUGUAGAGGAAAUCGUACGAAGCUUGUGUUUCACAUGUCACAAUCAGAGGCACAGCAGUACAUUUGAUGCGUGGUUUGUCGAUACAUCUGUAGUACGACUAGAACAAUGCCAGCAAAUCGUCCACAAGCUCAGUGUGUGUCGAACAAUUUUACAAUUAUGUAAGAUGCAAGGACCGCUUCAAGCUUAUCAUAAAGUGUUGACGCAGACGAUACAUAAUCCAAACGAGAAUUGGAAACUUGUAUCGGGUUACAUGGCAACGCACACUCUAACGCAAGUAAAAAUUCUAUCGCUUUUGCAUCUUUCUCAAUUCUGGGAAGAUGACGAUCAGUCCAAUAUUAUGCAUACCAAAGUGGCUUUUGAUUCAAAGUAUUACAUAUUCACCAAGCCGUUUGAGCCGGAUCCGAUGACAAAGGAGCAGCGAUCUGCCAUGGCAAAUGCUUAUGGACGAGCUUUCUUGGCCCGCAUCAGGGUACCUCACAGACAUUUCCACUCGCAAUUAAAACGAGCGGUACUGAGAAGUGAUACUCUCAUUCCAAUUUGUGGUUUAGAAGUACCUAUAUUACCGAACGUUUCGACUAUUAUUUAUGAUCAAAUGGUCAUACUGGCUCCCAGCGUAGACUAUCGGCCUUGGGAUCAGUUUUCUCGAAUUGUAGAAAGACGCGGCGGAUUUAUUGUAGACGUUCGGUUUUUACACAUGACUUUAUGUCUGCUUUAUCUCGCCACUGUAUGUUUGACUAUGACAUUAGCAAUUACAUACAAUGCUUAUAUACGACCCAAUGGGAUCGACCCUACCUCCCUUACUUCUCUUGUUAGUGUCGUAUUGACGUUGAUCCUCCAUGGCUACAUAUCUAUUGCGGCAAAAGAUAUGACCUGGUGGGAAUUUUUUAAAGGAGAAAAAGUCGUUUACGAAAUAGAUGCCAAACAGCUUUUAAAGUGGGGAAUCAGCCUUCCUGGAUUUAUCCGCUAUUUAAGAGAUGAUAAAGAACUAGCCACCAGGUUACUGAGCUCAGAUCAGGCGUGUUAUCUUGGCUACAAGCUGGAAGGAGCAACUAGGAUUAUCUUGCCUAUAACAAACAAAGUCCUAUUAGCUGCUGGAUAUAUCGUUGCUACAGAGUGUGAUUACGACACUCCAAAUUGGCAAAGGAAGACCAGUCUCAUUACUUUACCGAACCAGCUUGGAAAACUUCGCAAAUCAUGGAAGGCGUCGUGGUCUAUGGAUGUGGACAAAAUCAGAUAUGCUCGGCCCAAUACUGUGAAGGAUGUUGAUAUUUGGCACACCCAAAACAGAUUAAUCAAGCGAAAUGAGACUGCCAGGUAUAUCGAUGGAGGACGUGCAAUCAUUAAUGGAGCAUAUCCUGGUGCCAUACAGCCUCGUAAUAGCUUUUUUUGA